AGCUAGUAAUCUGACUUUACCCUUUCCGGGAGGUGUGUGCGGUUUUUCAGACGCACCGUACACACUAUAGAAAGUCGUCUGACCGCUGUAGCCUGCAGGAUAAUGCAUCAUUAUUAUCCUGCGGAAGCGCGUCGGAGUCGUCCGUGCAAAAAGAGGAAGAGAGACCGUUUCAAUUGCAAUUUGAAGCUGCCAGCUGCAAGUGUUUGCUACAUUGCCGAGAUGGAGAAUUCAGUGGAUUAUUCGAGUAAAACCAGGGCUGAGGCGAGCAACGCAGGGACUCAGCUGCAGCGUAUGGAAGAAGGAGGAAUAGAGAUCGGACCCACUGAUACUGCGGAGGAUAAAAACAAGGACCAGUCUGUGGGAGAAGGAUGUGAUGAGGAAUACUGUGUUUAUUUAACCAGAGAUGCCAGUGAGGAGGUUACAGGCUUGCGGGAAAGCGUGGACGAGAUGCUGACGAGACUCGACGAGUUCUGUGGAAUGCUGGACAUGAUACGCAAGGACUCUUCAGAGAUUCUGGAUCAACACAUCCCUUAUAUAACAAUGAAAACGGCUGAAAUGAAGAAUGUUUAUGCCAAAAUUGAUAAGAUCGAGGCGUUUGUGCAGAUGGUGGGGACCAGCAUAGUGUUCCUGGAAGAGCAGCUUCUUCAAGCGGAAAAGGAGCAUCGGGGGCUCCCUAAGACCGUCCGCAAAAUACUGCAGACAUUCAGAGCGCCUGCCAGCUUAAAGAAACGCGAAUCAGCAACGCGGAAGUCCUACGAACUGCCAGUCCUGUUCCGAACAGAAGAGUUCUUCACGGCAGAGCCUGGCAGUGCAGAGAUGAAGAAACCAAAUAGCUGACUCCUGUGCUUUGUGUUUAAUGUAGUGCUAUAUUAACAUUUACUUAGAGAGGCAGCUAGGGGGAAUUCUUCCCACUUUGGGCCAAGAAUGUGUGGCUAAACUAAUUUGCUUUUUGAAACAAGGUUCACAAUUCAGUCAGGGUUAGUAUAUAUGCUAGAGUAUUACAUUGAACCAAAAAAAAAAAUUCACAUUUUUGAUCUCAGUGCUCAAGUAGUGGCUGUGCUGCAUGCCUGUUUCUCACAGUCUGUUGGCAAGCAGGAAUAAAGGAAGCUUCCGUCCCUUUGGGAUAGUAAACAAACUGGAUUGUCAUCACAGUUCAGAUAAAAUUGUGCACAGAAUAUAUAGUCAAUAUUUGUUUAUGUAAAACGAAAUGUGAUUGUAAUACUACUGCUUUACAAUUGUUUUCUCUUAGGGCACCUUGCGGACAGACUGCUGGUAAUAAUAAAAAGAAAUAAAAACUAUAGAUGUAAUUUUGACAUCUGGAGAUGCAUGACCAAAAUGCUACGCUAAUGCUACUCUAAUGCUACGCUUAUUAAAUGAAGACCUUUUUCACAGUGUAAGGUCUGCUGCAUUUUCAUUUAGCUUUGACAAAGACAUAAGUUAUUGUGCCAGGACAUGCUCUUCAGUAUAUUUUUUUCACAUCCUGAAUUAUGAUUACUAUAGCCUAUAACCAGCAGUACCAAAGUGACUCCUGGGGUUCUGAGAAUUGUGAUGAAACAGAAUGGUGAAAAUAUCACUUCUCUUACUGUUUUCUGUAGACAGUAAUAAUCUUUACAGCCCCAUACUUAACUUGCAAAAUCUUACAUAUAGAACAAAAACAAAGGCACACUCAACUUAGGGUGUAGUUUUAAAUUUUCAAUCAUGAUUGUUUCUUAUUGCCCUUCAAAUACAGGGACUCGCUGACCAUAUAACUAGCCUAGUAGAAAAGUGACACUCGACCUCACAAACUGGUAGUUGACGUCGCACAUCACAUGAUUAUGAUAUAAUAGUGACGCGUGCGGUUACAGGUAUAUGCAAAUGAAGUUGCAUAAACAUAUAAAUUACAUUGCAGAACAUUAACAACUACAACGUGUAAUAUGUACAACAUGUAUUAUAAUGUACAGCGCAGUGUUACGAAACACUACGCUCACACAUUACCAAAUACACGAUUUAUUAAGAUUUUUAAAGUGACUACUCCACCUAUUUGACUUUUUUUUUAUAUCCACUGUUCGACUCAAAUGUUAUUUGUUAGGGGACACUGUUUACAAAUUGAUGUGUAAUGUGCGGCCAAAAGCAAUUAAAGCCAGAUCAUUGGGGAGUGGCUUCAGAUACCUUCUGAACCACUGGCAGACUCUUCAUGCUGAAUCUGUGCUUCCUUGCCUGCCUACAGUUCUG